GCAUUUCUGCUUUGUACUGAGUUCACUACACAGAUAUUCUUUUUGAAUUUUUUUAUCUUCCUGUUAAAAUGUCGAAAGUUGCUAUUAUUACGGGAAUAAGUGGACAAGAUGGUUCUUACCUAGCUGAACUGCUUCUGGAAAAGGGCUACGAGAUUCAUGGCAUCAUACGUCGUUCUAGUUCAUUUAAUACUGGCAGAAUAACUCAUUUGUACCAAGAUCCUAAAAUCCACCAGGAAGGGAAAAUGAAGUUGCAUUAUGGUGACUUAACUGAUACUUCUUGCUUGAUGAGAUUAAUUAAUGAAAUUCAGCCAGACGAAAUCUACAAUCUUGGCGCUCAAAGUCAUGUUAAGGUAUCGUUUGAUGUAGCCGAAUACACAUCAGAUGUUGACGGUAUGGGUGUACUACGUGUUUUUGAAGCAAUUAGAGCUUGUAAAUUAAGUCAUAAAGUUAAACUUUAUCAAGCGUCUUCUAGUGAAUUAUACGGAAAAGUUAGAGAAAUUCCACAAAAUGAAGAAACACCAUUCUAUCCAAGGUCUCCAUACGGAAUUGCAAAGCAAUUUGCGUUUUGGACAGUCAUAAAUAACAGAGAAGCUUACGGAAUUUUUGCUUCGAAUGGUAUAUUAUUUAAUCACGAAUCACCCAGAAGAGGUGAAACAUUCGUUACGAGAAAAAUAACAAGGGCAGUAUCGAAAAUUCACUUGGGGUUGAUGGAGUCAUUUUCGUUAGGCAAUUUAAACGCAAAACGUGAUUGGGGUCAUGCAAAGGAUUACGUUGAGGCUAUGUGGCUGAUGUUACAACAAGAAAAGAGCGACGACUAUGUUAUUGCGACAGGAAAAGUUUAUAGCGUUAGAGAAUUUGUUGAAGCAGCAUUUAAAUAUCUUGGAAAAUCCAUUGAGUGGUCAGGUGAAGGCACUGAUGAGGUUGGAAUAGAAAAGGAAACUGGUAUUAUAAGAGUUCGCGUAGAUCCAAAAUAUUAUAGACCAACUGAAGUUGAAUUUCUUCAAGGCGAUUCAACAAAAGCAAGAAAACAAUUGAAUUGGAAACCAAAAUUCGAUUUUCAAGGUCUGGUGGAAGAUAUGAUGAAAAGUGAUCUGAAACUCAUGAAAGACAAUCCUGCAGCUUAAAGCCUAGUUCAACUUUACUAUUUCUUCUAAACAAUCUUUAUACAAUUUACAAAAUUCUUCUAUAAAUUAUUUCCACUUGGAACAGAAUAUACAUACGAUUGUCUAUGUAUAUUGCUUAUCCUCAACAUUUAGGCGUCUACUCUAGGCUUUAGUUUUUUGUCAAUAGUGUGUACUCUUCAGUUUGUACUCUUUCAGAUUAAAAUUUAUCGAUUCAAUACAAAUUGUUUUUAUG